AGUCAUGCCGGGAGUGGGCUGGAGUGCCAUCACCGCCAUCUGCCUCGGACUGGCAGGUGUCUGUGGAGACAAGAUCAUUGAUGGGACUGAAACCUCCCCCCACAGCCGACCCUACAUGGCUUUUUUGAAAAUAGAAAGUUACUUUAAUAAAUACAUCUGUGGAGGGUUCCUUAUUCACCGAGACUUCAUCUUAACAGCAGCCCACUGUGAAGGACAGAGAAUCACGGUGACUCUAGGGGCUCAUAACCUCUCAAGUAAUGAGAUGGCCCAGCAGCAGAUACAAGUUCAGGACAUCAUCCCUCAUGAACAAUAUGAUGAGGUGACUUUUGCAAAUGACAUCAUGCUUCUGAAGCUGAACCACAGUGCCGAUCUCACACAUGAAGUAGCAACAAUCCGCCUUCCAGAGAGUGGUGAGUCCAUACAGCCUGGUACCUCCUGCUCUGUGGCGGGAUGGGGAAGAACUGCAACCAAAGGAAGAAUCAGUGAUGUGCUGAGAGAGGUGGAGGUGAAGGUCCAGAAAUACUGCGACACAACUAAACAGAUAUGUGCAAGAGGCAGUGGAAGAAAGGGAGCUUGUAUCGGAGACUCCGGAGGCCCACUGGUUUGUCUUGGCAGUGGGAACCUCUUCACUGCUGAGGGAAUUGUAUCUUAUGGCCCAGACAAAUGUGAAGAUCCUGAGAGUAAUGUCUACACAAGACUGUCCGAGUACCGAGACUGGAUCGACCAGAAAAUGGAAGCCAGCACUUCUUUUAUAUCCACCCACCACUACCACCACAGCACAACACUCCCACACGGUGUCUUCAUCAACAACUGCAGUAUAAAAAAAUGUGUCCAGAGUAAUCGAGGUGCAGAGAUGUUGAGGAACGUAGCCAUGUUAGCAGUCUACUGGAGCACCAUCACUGCUGCUUGCCUUGGAUUGGCAGGUGUCUUAGGCGAGAAAAUCAUUGAUGGGAGAGAAGCCGAACCGCACAGCCGACCUUACAUGGCCUAUCUGAAGAUACAAAGAAGCGAAGGCUUUUUCAAAUGUGGAGGCGUCAUCAUUCAUCCAAGAUUCAUUCUGUCAGCCGCCCACUGCAGUGGAGAGAAUAUUACUGUAAUUCUAGGGGCUCAUGAUCUCCUGAAAAUUGAGACAUCAUGGCAGAAGAUUCUUGUGAAGAAGAUAAUCGUUCAUGAGAAGUAUAAGAAAAAAACCCAUGAAAAUGACAUCAUGCUUUUGGAGCUGUGGCACAAGGCCACAUGGACUCCAGAGGUGCAGCCCAUCAAGAUUCCAGAUGCAGCUGUGGAUGUCCAACCCAACACCAGCUGCUCUGUGGCGGGAUGGGGCAAAACGAACAACAAUAGUACAAGCAACAAAGUGCUGAGGGAAGUAAACGUCAAAGUUCAGGAUGUCAACGAAUGUAAGGCUGCGAAAAAAAACAACCUAAAGGAAAAAGUGAUCUGUGCACGAGGCACUGGCAUUAAAGGGACCUGCAAUGGGGACUCCGGGAGUCCGCUGAUCUGUCCCAUCAAAGGAGCCCAUCUGGCAGCUGUGGGAAUUGUAUCUUUUCGUUUGUCUAAUGAAAAAGAGUGUGAAGACCCUGACCGCAAUAACGUCUAUAUGAAGGUGUCUGCAUAUUGGAGCUGGAUUAAAAAAAAUAUCAGGGCCAACUCCCAGACUUGGUGAGGCCACCACACUGCAUUAAGCCAAAUGAGCCGCCAGCAAUGUGCCAGUCUGUAGGAGAGAGAGGAGGACGCAAGGUGACUUUGUCACCAGUAGCUAUGCUUGUUAGCAAAUGUAACUGCCUGCCUGAAUAAACAUUUCUGUCUAAGCAAACAA